GUUCCACUUGCUACACGCCUGCGCGGACCUCUGAACCAGACUGCGCUUGAUGCUGCUCUCCGAGCCCUGGAACAGCGACACGAGACGUUGAGGACUACCUUCGAAGAUCGAGACGACACCGCUGUACAGACAGUGCAGCCAUGCCGCUCUGACUCUGAGGGUCCCCGUGUGAUCGAUGUCUCUGCUUACAACGAAGAUGAGGUACUGGAGGCAGUCAAGGCAGAGCAAACGAAGACAUUCGAUCUCACCAAGGAGCCUGGGUGGAGAGUAUGCUUGCUGCGCAUCAACGAGAACCAUCACAUUUUGUCCAUCGUUAUGCACCACAUUGUGUCUGACGGCUGGUCGGUUGACGUGCUUCGUCGUGAGCUCGACGUCUUCUACAGCGCAGCACUUCAAGGCAAGGACCCGCUGUUACAACUUGAACCUCUACAGAUCCAGUACCGCGAUUUCUCAAUAUGGCAAAAGCAAGAAGAGCAGGUCGCUGAACAGCAGAGACAGCUCGCGUACUGGACAAAGCAGCUCGCAGACAGCGCACCUGCAGAGCUUCUAUGCGACAAGCUAAGGCCAGACGUUCUAUCUGGAGAUGCGGGUGUCGCCCCCGUGUCCAUUACAGGAUCUUUAUAUGAGAGUCUGCAGGCGUAUUGCUGCGCUCAGCAAGUGACACCUUUUGUCCUGCUUUUAGCAGCUUUCCGCGCUACCCAUUACCGGCUUACAGGUGCCGAGGACGCUACUAUUGGUACACCCAUUGCCAACAGAAACAGGCCAGAACUAGAACACUUAAUUGGCUUCUUCGUCAAUACACAGUGUAUGCGAUUAACCGUCACCGACGACACUUUCGAAGACCUAGUACGGAAGGCCCGUGACACGGCUACUACUGCUUUUGCGAACCAAGAUGUACCAUUCGAGCAGCUAGUGUCAGCACUCCUCCCUGGGUCCCGAGAUGCGUCGCGUAAUCCGCUGGUACAAAUUUCCUUUGCAGUGCACUCUCAGGAGAACCUCGGUCGAUUGAAGCUAGAAGGCCUGCGAGGAGAGCUGGUACCGCUCGCAUUGACCACCCGAUUCGAUAUGGAGCUCCAUUUGUUCCAGGAGGAAGGAGCUCUAAGUGGCAACGUCCUGUAUGCGCUCGACUUAUUUGGUGCUGACACUGUCAACAACAUGCUCGACGUCUUCCUUGAGAUCCUCCGCCGUGGUCUUGCGAAUCCCCAGACACCAGUCGCUACUCUCCCGCUUACCGACGGUCUCCCAUAUCUCCGCAGCCAGGGCUUACUCGACACUCCGCACACAGAAUAUCCCCGGGAUUCGAGCAUAGUCGAUGUAUUCCGUGAUCAGGUAGCUAGCUAUCCAGACAGACUGGCAGUGAAAGAUUCUUCGUCACUCGAGCUGACGUACGCUGAGCUCGAUCGGAAGUCCGACGAAGUUGCUAUCUGGUUGUGCCUGAGGAAUAUCGCCCCAGAGACUCUUAUAGGUGUAUACGCGCCCCGGUCUUGUCAAACCAUCAUCGCUAUCCUCGGUAUCCUCAAGGCUGGCCUCGCAUACUUGCCGCUGGAUAUCAACGUCCCUGCCGCCCGCCUCGCAACGAUCUUGUCCGCCGUUGAAGGCCACAAAAUCGUCCUUCUUGGUCCUGAGAUAGCUUCUCCAGAUGUCACCAUACCAGACGUUGAGAUGAUCCGUAUCAACGAAACGCUGGGACACGCUGGUACAGCGACCCUUCCACCGGUCUCUGCGACGAGCCUCGCCUACGUUAUCUUUACCUCUGGCUCGACAGGAAAACCAAAAGGCGUCAUGGUUGAGCACCGCGGCAUUGUCCGGCUAGUAAAAAACAGUAACGUGGUCAACAUGAUGCCACCAGCAUCUCGGGUUUCGCAUCUGACAACUAUCGCAUUUGACACUUCUGCCUGGGAAAUCUUUUCCACCCUCUUGAACGGGGGAUCGUUAUUCUGCAUUGACUACCUGACAACCCUUGACAGCGUCGCGCUUAGCGCAGUAUUCCACAAGGAGAAGAUUAACGUUUCCAUGUUCUCUUCAUUGCUACUCAAGCAGUGCUUAGCAAGCUGUCCAGACUGCCUUCGUCCUUUGAAAGUACUCUUUGUCGGUGCUGAUCGCGUGGACGGCCGUGAUGCCCUUCAAGCGCAAGCUCUCCUUGCUGACGGCGGGGUGUAUGACUCUUAUGGUCCAACGGAGAAUGCAGUCGUUAGUACGCUGUACAAGGUUGACAAGAACGACCCAUUUGUCAACGGUGUGCCAAUUGGGCAGACUAUGAGCAACUCCGGAGCUUAUAUCAUGGACAGUCGGCAACAGCUUGUCUCGUCUGGCAUCAUGGGUGAACUGAUCGUCACCGGCGACGGUUUGGCUCGCGGGUACACAGAUCCAUCCUUAGACAUCAACUGCUUUGUGGACGUCAGCAUUGACGGCCAGCUCACACGAGCGUACCGUACAGGAGAUCGAGUGCGCUACCGACCUUACGAUGGUCAGAUUGAGUUCUUCGGUCGCCUGGACCAGCAAGUUAAGAUUCGGGGCUACCGCGUUGAGCUAGCGGAGGUCGAACACGCUAUAUUGAAUCACGAAAUUGUCAGUGAUGCCGCCGUGGUC